UUUAAAAAGUGAUAUUAGAGAUUUGCACCAAAUUAAGUGGUAUGUUGUUGCCUUUGUUAGAGUGCAUGAGUCAAAAAAGGAGGUAGAUAAGGAUAAUAAUUUAAGGUACAUGAGAUGUUCUCCUAUCAUUACUUUGCGGGAGGAGGAACUAGAAGAGCAAAUUAAGGGAGCCAUUCUCGGUGUACUGAAUAGUUAUGAGUUUUCUUCGGGGGAGGGGAGUCAGAUUUUGUUUGGGUAUGUGGAGAAGUUAGAAGUGCGGGUAGGGAGGUACUGUCCCUUAAGGGGCUCUAGUUAUCUACCCCUUCCCAAAUGGUUGCAGCAUCCCGCCAAAGGACUAAUAAAUAUUCAAAAUUAUGAUGAUGAUAAAUGCUUUAUGUAUUGUGUGAUGGCUGGAAUUCAACUCCCCGUAAAUAAGCCGGAGCGGGUGUCUCAUUACAAAAACUGGACGGGUGUGUCUCUUAAUUUCUCGGGCAUAAAAUUUCCAGUAGAAUUAAAUCAAAUUUCCAAGUUUGAAAAGCAGAAUAAAAAUAUUGCAGUGACUGUGUUUGGUUUGGAGGGCGAGCGAGAGAUUGUUCCCCUUCGUAUUUCAAAAGAAUGUGAUCGUAUUUAUCAUAUUCGAAUGCUAUUAAUGACAACUGAAGAUGAUGAAAGUCAUUAUGUCUUUAUAAAGAAUGUCCAUCACUUUUUGGGACAUUUAUCUAAGCAAAAGCGAACUCUGUAUUGGUGUGACAAUUGUCUCACUCCUACUGAGAGCGCUGAGCGAAGAAAAAUUCACCAGGAGCUCUGUUUCAAAAAUGAGGCCCAGGCGGUUCGUCUACCUCACGCCAAAGAUAAGAUAAUGCGAUUCACCAACUGGGCCCACUGUGAGCGCCAUGACUAUUGUAUAUAUGCUGAUACUGAGGCUCUCCUUGUGCCCGUGCACACAGCAUUCCCUGAUCCUGCAAUAGCGAGUACUACUAAAACGCAGGUGCACCAGCCAUGUGGGUAUGCCUAUGUUAUUGUUAAGCAAGAUGGCCAUUUAUUGAAACCCCCUGUUGUAGAAAGGGGUGGAAAUGAUAUCAUGGAACGCUUCCUGUUAAAUUUAAAAAAAGAAGAAAGUGAAAUUGAAGAAUUAAGAGGGGAAGACUACCCGAUCGAUAUGUCCCCCGAAGAUGAGUUGGCAUUCGCACAGGCAACUCACUGCUAUCUCUGUAAGGAGAGUCUACCCCGAGAAGGGGUUAAAAAGGUCAGAGACCAUAAUCAUAAAUUAUCAGAAAAAAAUUAUCGUGGUGCGGCUUGUUCAGCACCGUGUAACUUGGGACUACGAGAGAAGAGGUUCAUUAAUGUAAUUAUUCAUAAUUCGGGAAAAUAUGAUACACAUGCAAUUAUCUCUUGCAUCGGAAGGGUGACCUCAGACCUCUCUGAAAUUACAUUGAUUCCGCGUACAAAGGAGCGGUACAUUUCAUUUUCGUGGGGUAAAUUAAGAUUUCUUGAUAGCUAUAAUUUUCUGAGUAGCAGUUUAGACAGUCUUGUUCGGGACUUGACAUUUGAAACUGACUUUGAAAUUUUAAAGGAGGUAUUUCCUGAAGAAGAGAAACAGAAGCUCCUUUUAAGGAAGGGCGUGUAUCCUUACAGUCACAUGCAAAGUGUGGAAGUAUUUGAAGAAAAAAGCCUACCCUCCAAAGAUAAAUUUUGGAAUGACUUAAGUGAAGAGCAUAUUUCAGAUGAAGAUUAUCUCCAUGCACAAAAAGUGUGGGAAACCUUUGAAUGCAAAACAAUGGGUGAAUUUCAUGACUUGUACGUCAAAAGUGAUUCUUUGAUAUUAGCAUGUGUAUUUGAGGCAUAUCGAAGAAUGACUAUGAAAAAUUUUAAUUUAGAUGUAGCAUACUAUUAUUCCAGUCCAGGUUUUGCUUGGGAUGCUGCACUCCUAUAUACUGGGGAGAAAUUAGAAUUAAUUUCAGAUUCUAUGGAGAUAUUUAUGAUGUGGGAGAAAGCUACAAGGGGUGGAAUAUGUACAAUUAAUGAGCGUUAUGCUGAGUGUAAUAAUCCGUAUGUGCCGGAAACGUAUGAUGCAAGUAAGGAAAGAAAUUAUUUAGUGUAUUUUGAUGCUGUAAAUUUAUAUGGUAAAUGUCUCUCUCAAUCCUUGCCUACCUCUGGCUUCAGUUUACUUAGUGAAGAAGAGAUUAAAAAAAUUGAUAUAUCAAAGUUAGAAGAGGGGGAUAGCAUAGGGUAUUUAUUUGAGGUUGAUCUUUUGUGUCCCGAUCAUCUUCAUGAUUAUUUAAAUGAUUUUCCCCCAGCUCCUGUACACAAAACAGUUAAGUAUGUAGAGUUAAGUAAGUUGCAGAAAAAAAUGAUAAGGCUAUAUGGUCUUCCCAAAAGGUCCACCAAAAAAUUAAUCCCUACCUUAGAGAGGAAGGAAAAAUAUAUAGUGUAUUCUGCAACUCUCAAAUUGUAUCUUAGUCUAGGAUUAAAAAUAGAAAAAAUUCAUAGAGUGGUAAAAUUCAAUCAGAAACCCUGGUUGGAAAAAUACAUUAGGUUUAAUACAGAGCAACGUCAAAAAUGUACCUCAGAAUUCCAAAAGAGCAUGUGGAAAUUGUUAAAUAAUAGUGUAUUUGGAAAAACAAUAGAAUCAGUUAGGAAAAGGAGGAAUGUCUAUCUCACCAAAUCUACUCAGAAAUUUUUAAAACAUGUUAAGUCUCCAUUGUUUCAUUCCUUUGAAAUGUUUGAUAAUGAUGUUGUUGCGGUGGAGAAGCGCAAGGCAUGUAUAGUGUUAAAUAGACCUCUGUACUCAGGAGCUGUGUGUUUAGAUUUGGCUAAGGAGCAUAUGUUUAAAUUCUACUAUAAUAUAAUUAAACCUAGGUAUGGAGAAAAUGUUAGAACAUGUGUACAUGAUACCGAUAGUUAUAUUCUAUCUAUUAAAACAGAUGAUCUGUAUAAGGACAUGGAAGCCUUUAAGGAUGAGUUAGAUUUAAGUAAUUAUAAGAAGGACCAUUUUCUGUAUAGUUCUAAGAAUGCACGUGUAUUGGGGAAGUUUAAGGAUGAGUUAGGUGGAGACCCGUUGUGUGGUGUAGUUGGGCUGGCACCAAAACUAUAUUGUUUAAAGCUGUUAGGAGAUAAGCACAAGAGUGUUGCAAAAGGAGUGCCUAGGAGUGCUGUUAGAACUCAAAUAAGCUAUGUCGAUUAUAAAAAUUGUAUAGAAAGUCUUAACUCUAAAAGUGUUACUUAUGGAAAAAUAGGCACCGACCAAAAGCAUCACCUAUUCACCACCUUCUCCUCUCGACGGGCAUUACAAUGCUUUGAUAAUAAGAGAUAUAUAUUAUCAUCAAAUGUAGAAACAUUGGCAUUUGGUCACUAU